AUGCACACAUUUUCAACGUUACCUGUCGAACUAGUUUAUCGAAUUAUGGAUCAUCAAAAUGGCCGGACGCUAUUUUGUUCAAUGCAAAAUAUCUGUCGACGGCUCAAUCAGAUCCUGAGUACUUACCAGCGAUAUCAAACACUCACCACACUUGACCUCAGUUGGAACCGAAUCGGUGCUGACGGAGCACACAACAUUGCUAAUGCGCUGAGAACGAACACGACACUCACCACACUUCACCUCAGUGGGAGCAAAAUCGGUGCUAAAGGAGCACAACACAUUGCUAAUGCGCUGCGAACGAAUACGACACUCACCACACAUAAUCUCAGUUCCAACCAAAUCGGUGAUGAAGGAGCAAAACACAUAGCGGAUGCGUUGCGAACGAAUACGACGCUCACCACACUUGACCUCAGUUGGAACCAAAUCCCUGAUGAAGGAGCACAACACAUAGCGGAUGCGUUGCGAACGAAUACGACGCUCACCACACUUGACCUCAGUUGGAACCAAAUCCCUGAUGAAGGAGCACAACACAUAGCGGAUGCGUUGCGAACGAAUACGACACUCACCACGCUUAACGUCCAGGACAACCAAAUCGGUGCUCAAGGAGCACAAAACAUUGCGGAUGCGUUGCGAACGAACGCAACACUCACCACACUUAACCUCCGUUCGAACCAAAUCGGUGCUGAAGGCGCAAAACACAUUGCGCACGCCUUGCCAACGAAUACGACACUCACCACACUUAACCUCGAGAGGAACCGAAUCGGUGCUGAAGGAGCACAAAACAUUGCGGAUGCGUUGCAAACGAGCGCAACACUCACCACGCUUAACCUCCAGGUCAACCAAAUCGGUGAUGAAGGAGCACAACACAUGGCGGAUGCGUUGCGAACGAACGCAACACUCACCACACUUCACCUCAGUUGGAACGGAAUCGGUGCUGAAGGAGCAAAACACAUUGCGGAAGCGUUGCGAACGAAUACGACACUCACCACGCUUAACCUCCAGGACAACCAAAUCGGUGAUGAAGGAGCAGAACAUAUUGCGGAUGCGCUGCGAACGAACGCAACACUCACGACACUUGACCUCUGCGACAACCAAAUCGGUGAUGAAGGAGCACAACACAUUGCGGAUGCCUUGCGAACGAAUACGACACUCACCACACAUAAUCUCAGUUCCAACCAAAUCGGUGAUGAAGGAGCAAAACACAUUGCUAAUGCGCUGCGAACGAAUACGACACUCACCACACUUGACCUCAGUUGGAACCGAAUCCGUGCUGAAGGAGCACAACACAUUGCGGAUGCGUUGCGAACGAACGCAACGCUCACCACACUUCACCUCCGUUCGAACCAAAUCGGUGAUGAAGGAGCAGAACAUAUGGCGGAUGCGUUGCGAACGAACGCAACACUCGCCAGACUUGACCUCAGUGGGAACCGAAUCCGUGCUGAAGGAGCACAACACAUUGCGGAAGCGUUGCGAACGAAUACGACACUCACGACACUUGACCUCUGCAACAACCAAAUCGGUGCUGAAGGAGCACAACACAUUACGGAUGCCUUGCGAACGAAUACGACACUCACCACACUUCACCUCGGUGCGAAUGAAAUCGGUGACGAAGUAGCUCAACAUAUCGGAGAUGCGUUGGGAAGGAAUAUAAGCGCCAAGAUGGUAUAG